GACUUUUUCAUUUUUCAGUCAACUGCCAAUCAUGCCACGAGACAAACGAGAAGGUAGAACUCGAGGAAAGCGAGGAAAGAAGGAAAAGACCAACAAAGAAGAAGUCUAUGACGAAGGUUUCGAAAAUGCUGAGAACAAUGAGCCCAUGCAGCCCAUGGUUGUCGACCAAGAUCCUAAUGGUUAUCAACAGGACAGCCAUAACUUCGAGCGCCCUAGAGGAUACGACCCUAGUCAAGCGUUUUUUGGAUUUCUUGAUGCUGAUGUUCAGCAAUACUUUAAGAGUGUCGAACAAACAUUGGAUGAUCCACCAUUUGAGACUACUCAAGAUCAACAACUUUUUGUUGCCAAUGUGUAUACGGAAGUCCAAGAUAAAGAACUUGUAUUAGCUACAGAUCAUACUUGCUCUUUGGUGCUGGAAAAAUUGCUCAAAAUUUCCAGUGAUUUUGAACUGAGAGUGUUCAUGGACCGCCUGACAGGACGCUACGCAGAGUUAUUUACCCAUCGAUUUGCCUCACAUGUGUGCCAAACUCUGUUGACACUUGGUGCGGAUUCGGCUGAGCGUGAAGCCCGCGGAGAAAGUGUACCUGGACCAGAUGAAGGUGCAAAAGAGAGCGGCGAUGUUGGUGUAUUGCUUUCUAUGGAAGAGUUGGUUCUUUCGCUUUGCAAAGAAUUGAAGCCUCAACUUUGCUCCCUCAUCUCUGAUCCCUUCGCCUCGCAUGUCAUCCGAGUUUUGCUCUACUUGCUGGCAGGAAAGCGAAUUGACGAAGACAGUGAUGUUAAGGGCCAACUUCGCAGCAAGAAGUCUCAAAAAUAUAGAAAUACCAACAACAAUAAGGAUAUCAAGUUAUCUACCAAAGCUAGCCCAACAAGGGUAGUUCCAAAAUCAUUUACUGACAUGCUACAUGAACUGACUCGUGAGCUUACUGAAGGAUUGUCAGAGACUGUUAUCCGCACGCUCGCGGUCCACAGAGUUGCAAACCCUGUAUUGCAGCUAUUGCUGGAACUUCAACCUGAAACAGAGGAUGGUCAAAAUGCAAGAGACAUGAUUAUUGAUCGUAUUUUGUGGGGUAUUGUUUCUGAUGAAUCGACACAAUCCAAUCACGACAGAGAUUCUUGGUUUGAAACCCUGCUUCGCGAUCAAGUUGGUUCCCAUUUGCUCGAAGUUAUUCUCAAAACUGCAUCUCCUUCAGUCUAUAACAAAAUCUUUGUCACCUACUUCCGUAAUCGACUGGUCAAGCUUUGCCAUCAUCCUGUAGCUAACUUUGUGGUACAACAAUUGUUUGUCAAUGCUCGUACCACAGUGCAACUUGAAUUGAUGGUUGAGGAAGCCGUACCUGGAUUUGCUGAUUAUCUGAAAUUCGGUAAAGUUGGUGUUAUCCGCAGUUUGGUUGAUGCCUGCUGCAAUAUGAAAUCUUGCGAGAAACAGAUUGUGUCUGGCUUAGCAGAUGCCUUUGGUACCCACUCUCCUACUGAACGCAAAGAUUUCAUUAACUGUGUUAUCCGCAUGUGGACCUAUCAGCAAUGGAUCCAUGCUACUGACGAGGAAAAGGGCAGUCUCAAAAAGUUCCACAUGCAAGGUGCCCUUAUUAUUCAGACGCUUAUGAAGCUUCCUGAAGAGCACAAUACCAUUGUUGUUAGCAGCUUUUUGGCACAGCCUCAAGCUAUCACUUAUCGUUGGAUCUUCGAUCCCACUGGAUCUCGUGUCUAUGAGUCAAUUCUCUCGUCACCAAAUGCAAACCUGAAGAUCAAAAAGAAGAUUCUAAGGAACUUGGAAGACAAGUACCAUGAAAUUUCCAUGGAUAAAUUCGGUAGUCAUUUGAUGGAUCAAUGCUGGAAGGUUGCGGAUAUUGACAUGAAGGCUAAGAUCGCGCAAGACCUUGUUAACCAUGAGUACGAUUUGUCAAAGAACUUCUUUGGCAAGUACAUUUUGCGUAACUGCAACAUCGACCACUUUAAACGCAAGAGAGAAGAGUGGGAGGAAAGAGAAAAGGGCAUUGAGCGCAAGAAGGACAUGUUUAAAGAUAUUCUCGGUGAUACCUCCAUGGCAUCCACCAAGGCUGCUCAGACUGCUGCUGGCGUAAAUAUACCUGCCAAUCCUAACCUUGGUGAUUUGGGCUUCGGUGACGGUGUAACCCAGGAGACAAAGACCAGUAGCAAGGGUGGAAAGAAGAAGAAAUCGAUCAAUGAUCAUUCGAAAUCUUUGCUCAUUGACGCUGAUACUGCGGAGGAUGCCCAAGAAGGCAUGGAUGACAUAGACAAAGUGUUCAAGAAGAAGAAGAAGUUUGCAUCGGGCAACACCAAAGAAGAAGCUAACGAUGAUGCAGAGGAUAAUGAACGUGCUACUGAAAAGCGCAAGAAGGCGCCCAAAGACCUUCUUAACGUUUUGGAUGCUAUCGAUGCAACUAACAAGAGUAAAAGCAAGAAGAAGAAGCGAAGUAAGGAUGGUGAUGACGAAAAGAAGAGCAAAAAGAAGAGAAAAUUCGAGGCAUAAUUAUCAUGUACAUAGUUUAUU